AUGUUGUUGCACGGGAAAGAGCUACAUGUAGUGCCUUAUGUCAGCAAGCAGGAGAGGGUGGCAAAAUUCACCAACGUAUUUGUGAAGAAUAUUUCGGCAUCCACAACUGAGGGAGAUUUGAAGUCGGUAUUUGGAGAGUUUGGAUCAAUGACCAGUGUGGCAGUGAUGCGCGACGAAGCAGGAAACUCAAAAUGUUUUGGAUUUGUCAACUUCUACAAUGCAGAGGAUGCAGCCAGGUCUGUUGAAGCUCUUAAUGGCCGAGAAUUUAGUGGGAAUGAAUGGUAUGUUGGUAGAGCUCAGAAGAAAGCUGAGAGGGAGCUAGAAAUGAAGCUCAAGCGCAGGACGACUGCAAAAGAGAUUCUUGAAAGGUCGUUGGGGAUGAACAAUGUCUACAUCAAGAAUAUAGAUGAUGAUGUUGACAAUGACAAGCUCAAGGAAAUGUUUUCUCCAUUUGGCAUCAUAACGUCGUGCAAGGUUAUGACUGAUCUGAGAGGGAUAAACAGAGGCUAUGGCUUUGUCGCAUUCUCUACCGGCCAAGAGGCUUCAAGAGCAAUUUCAGAUAUGAAUGGAAAGAUGAUAGGCAACAAGCCUAUCUAUGUUAGCAUUGCAGAAAGAAAGGAAGUUAGACAUCAACUGAUAGAGAGGGACUACUUUGAGUGA